AUGGUGAGGAAAUUACCAAUGUUGGUAAUGACGAUAACAUUUACUGGCUUUCUUUUAAGUUUUGUGUAUGGUGACCAAUGGUUCAAGAUGGUCGACUGUCCCGAUUUCUUUCCGGGGUAUGAAACAAGUUUUGCUAACUUGCUUGUUAGUACCAUUUACAACUGUGUUUACCAAGCUGAAAAAGAACCCACUGUCAAGUCAUUGGUAUUUCACAAAGAUUCUCAAACUGGUAAAAAAACUUGCUAUUUAUAUGCAGAGAAUGCAUCAAGUUGUGAAGGCUCCGUGGGAGGGGAUUCUGAAAAUACCUAUUUAUUUAAGCCAAAUGAUAAUUGUGGGAACGGAGGAAGUCUAACUGAAGAUAAAUUAAGUUGUGACUGCAAUGAUGGAUAUUUUGGACCAUUUUGUACGGAAUUGGCGUCAGUUAUUGCCCAUAAUUUAUUGAAAGUUGUUCAAACUUUGGGCUAUUGUUAUUGA